UCAGUCCCCUCGUUUCCUUUCCCACCCUCCAUCAGCCUAACGGGACCCGUAAAACCCUAGCCUACCGGAGCGAGCCGCCGAGAGUCCAAGGCCGGCUGGUCGGAGAGGAGUCUCGUCGGAGAGUGUGACCGCGUGAGGUGGCUGCUGCUCAACUCGCCCGCCGCCAAAGAUGUUCUCGCCGGCGAUCAGGAAGCCCCACCUCCUCCACCGCAGGUGCAAGGAGGAGGCGUCCCCCUCACCCCCUCCUGCUCCCGCGCACACACCGUCGACCCGUGGAUUCGCCGUCCACGACUGCCCCGCUACCGGGACCCCGGCCCCAUGGACCUCCUCCUCCCUGCUUGCGAGGAUUUCAACAUCAACGCGAACAGGCAGGACUGGGGAUUCUGGCCAGAUCCAGCCGGUGCACGUAGCAGAAUUUCCCCAAGUAGUUCGGAAUGCGCAAGCCAACCUUCUGCAAAAGAGUUUUCCCGGCAAGAACUUGCUUGCUGGUGGCAUUGAUAAAGAAACAUCCCUUGCAUGGAUGAUAUGCGGAAAUGAGCUUUUUAUCUGGAGUUAUCUGGCUACUGUUGCAAAAGACUGUCUUGUACUUGAGGUCCCUUCUUCUCUUCUGGGGAACAAAGGUGCAAAGUCCCUGUGUGGUAGUCAGUGGACAGUUUGCAUAAUGAGAUGGGGUAGUAGUGGUGCAUCAACAAGGAGUAGUGGAGAUAUGUUGCACCGAAGAAGUUCAACUGGUGUUAUCCUAUGCAACAAAAGAACACAAGCUAUGGCUUAUUGGCCUGAUAUCUAUACUGAAAACAGUAAGAGUCCAGUUCUUGGUUUAUUUGGAUGCCGUGAUACAUCUUCAGAUGAUGGCACAUCUGGAAACUGCAGGAUUAGUUCUCUUAUUGCAGCGGCAGUUCCAGGGGGCAUUAAUGAAUGCAUUGUGAUUGCUUCUGAGCCAACAGGCACUUUAUGGUUGUUCCAAUGUUCACCAGCUGCAGUUAAUCGGAGAGAAAUUCAUAAGGGUUCAUUAGGAAUUCAUGGUGCUGAUCGUUCUCGGAAAAACAGUGGUGGAGGGUCCUUGGCUUGGCUACCAAUUAAAGUAUCCUCUGUGGCUGCUGAGCGGAUGUUCUUUUUAUUGACUAGUCAUGAGUUGCAAUGCUGGAGCAUCUCAUUCUUGCAUGAUAUCAACUGCAAAAAAAUAGGGUGUCAGGAAAUUGUUGGUAGUGAUGGUGAUUUGGGCAUAAAGAAAGACAUAGCUGGACAGAAAAACAUCUGGCUUUUGGACAUGCAGAUAGAUGAGCAUGGCAAGGAAAUUGACAUUCUUGUUGCUACCUUCUGCAAAGAUCGGGUUAGUGGGUCAAACUACACCCAGUAUUCUCUUUUGACAAUGCUGUACAAACCUAACCAAAAGUUUUCAUCUGAAGAUAAUGUGAUUAAAACUGAAAGGUUUUUGGAGAAAAAAGCUCCUUCUCAGGUGAUAAUCCCUAAGGCUAGAGUAGAGGACGAAGAGUUCUUGUUUUCUAUGAGGCUAAAAACUGGCGGUAAGCCUUCUGGUUCUGUAAUCAUACUAUCAGGUGAUGGAACAGCAACAGUAGCAAUAUAUUGGAGAGGUUCAACCCGACUCUAUCAAUUUGAUCUGCCUUGGGAUGCUGGAAAGGUUCUGGAUGCUUCAGUUAUCCCAUCUUCUGAGGACAGAGAUGAAGGAGCUUGGGUUGUUCUUACCGAAAAGGCAGGAGUGUGGGCAAUUCCUGAGAAAGCUGUGUUAGUUGGUGGGGUUGAGCCACCAGAGCGCAGCUUGUCACGAAAAGGCAGUUGUAAUGAAGCAGUUGCUGAAGAGAAAAGGAGAAGUCAGGCACUCAAUUCUAACGUUGUACCCAGAAGAGCUAGUUCUGAGGCUUGGAGUGCUGGAGAGAGGCAAAGACCAUCAUUAACUGGUUUAUCUCAGCAGGCUGUGGUUGAUGAAGAGUCUGAAAUGUUACUAAAUCGGCUCUUUCAUGAUUUUAUUUUGUCCGGUACAGUUCAUGAAGUGCUUCAAAAGCUUAGAGCUGCAGGAGCAUUUGACAAAGAGGGUGAGAUGAACAUAUUUGUUCGAAUAAGCAAAUCCAUCGUAAACACAUUAUCUAAGCAUUGGACAACAACUAGAGAAGCUGAGUUUCUUGCUUCAACAGUUGUUUCAUCGCUAACUGAGAAGCAGCAAAAACAUGAGAAAUUCCUUCAGUUUCUUGUCUUGUCUAAGUGCCACGAGGAACUCUCUUCAAAGCAAAGAACUGCAAUGCUAACUGUCAUGGAGCACGGGGAAAAGCUCUCAGGAAUGAUCCAGCUCAGAGAAUUACAAAACACUCUUAGCCAUCAACGCUCAAGCAUAAAUUUAUCACCUCAGUCAAAAAACCAAACAACUGGUGCAUUGUGGAACCUCAUUCAAUUGAUUGGUGAGAAAGCUCGAAGAAACACUGUUCUCUUGAUGGACCGUGAUAAUGCUGAAGUGUUCUACAGCAGAGUUUCUGAUAUAGAAGAUCUGUUUCAUUGUUUAUCUCAUCAGCUUCAAUACAUUAUAACUGGAGAAGAAAACCCUUCUGUUCAGAUGCAACGUGCACUUGAGUUAUCAAAUGCUUGCAUGACCUUAGUUCAGGCAGGAUUGCGCUACAGAGAGCAGCACAAGGACUGGUAUCCUUCUCCUGAAGGACUGAUAACAUGGAACAGCCAGCCUGUUGUACGAUCUGGAAUCUGGCGAGUAGCAUCAUUUGUUAUGGAGUUUUUGAAAGAACCAGGAGCUGCAGAUAUGUCAAUGAAGUCCAAUCUGUGGUCUCAGUUGGAAGGACUUACAGAUAUCCUGCUGGAUGCAUAUAUCGGGCUGUUAACUGCCAAAUUUGAACGUGGUGAGGAGCAUGGUGUGCUAGUCCAAGAAUACUGUGACAGAAGAGAUGAACUUCUUGGGUCCCUCUAUGACCUUGCAAAACAAAUUGUAGAUGCAAAAUAUCAGGUUUGGUUUAAAGAGUCAACAGAAGUCACUGACAAUCUGGAUUUGAAAGAAUCUAUAUUCAGAGAAGUCACUUCUCCAAUUUUGGCAACAGCUAAACGGCAUGAAGGAUACCAAACAUUGUGGCAAAUUUGCUAUGAUCUCAGUGAUACAGGUCUUCUUCGCAGUCUUAUGCAUGAUAGUGUAGGACCUCAUGGGGGAUUCAGUUUCUUUGUUUUCAAACAACUACUCAACAGACGUCAGCAUGCUAAGCUAUUAAGGUUAGGUGAAGAAUUCCAGGAAGAUCUAGCUAGUUUUCUCAAAGAGCGGGAUGAUCUUCUGUGGCUUCAUGAGAUACGCUUAAACCAGUUCUCUUCUGCUUCUGAGACUCUUCAUACUUGUGCUCUACAUGUGAGUCCUGAGGAAGGUGCUAACCUUACAAGCAACAGGAAACCACUGUCCUUUGUUGACAGAAGACGCUUUCUCUAUCUCUCUAAAAUUGCAGCAGCAGCAGGGAAAGAUGUUGAUUAUGAAGUGAAGGUUGUUCAGAUAGAUGCAGAUAUCCGAAUUCUAAAUCUGCAGGAAGAGAUUAUUCAGCAUGACCCAGAAUAUGCACACGACAAAUAUACUUCAAAGCCAGUUCGUCCAUUGGAACUGAUUGAGAUGUGCCUGAGGAGAGACCGAGAGCUCUCCCUUAAAGCUUUUGAGGUAUUUGCUUGGACAAGCGCCUCAUUUCGAUGCUCCAACAGAGGCCUGCUAGAGGCUUGCUGGAUGAAUGCAACCGACCAGGACGACUGGGUUAGCCUUUCACAGGAAUCAGAGGGUUGGAGCGAUGAACGCAUCCAAGAAUCUCUUCAGGGUACGGUCCUGUUCAAUGCCUCCAGGCUGUGUUAUAGCCGAGACGCCGUGGUCUAUGGUGGUUCAUUUGAGGAGGUGCUACCUGUGAAGAAAGAAGAUUUGCAACUGAGAGGCUUGGAGGGCAGGUGUCUCUCGGUGGAGGAAGUGCUGAUGCAGCAUAAGGAUUUCCCUGAUGCGGGUAAAUUGAUGAUGACCGCGGUGAUAAUGGGCAAAGAACUACCUGAUACUGUUGCUGCAGCCGAACCUGUUGAGAUGGACUCUUGAUGCUGCCAUUCUGUCGUGGAGAAAGACGUGCAGGUUUGGACUUCCAAAUCAGAGGUUUUUUUUUUCUCUUGGCAGCACCGAGUGUGCAGUUACAAUCCAGUUGUAUUCAUAUUGCGGCGAAAUUAUUAGUAGAGAAUGCAAGAUUGUCAGCUCGUGCCUUUUUUUUUUAGCUUGAGCUGUGGCUUGAAACGAGCUUUUCUCCCCCUGAUAGAACAAA